AUGGCAUUGCAAGGUCGCGGUGCGAUGAGCUCCUCACCCACUUCUCUCUCGUCACCACCAGCAAGCUCCAUCAGCAACCCAUCCUCACCCUCCCGCCUCAACGUGGGCAGGGCCAACAUCGAGAUGGACGAGAUUGUCGUCGACACAGCAUCAGGGCCUCGGUUUGGGGUGGUGGCCCCAGCACAGCCCCCUCCGCCCGAUGUGCCGCUGACCGCCGCCGGCCUGCCAAGAAAGAAGCCCGGUCGAAAGCCCGGCAGCACCGUCAAGCCAAAGGUCAACCCUGAUGGCACGCCAAUCGCUGAGGCCCCAAAGGUUCGAAAGCCACGGAAGCCUAGAGAUCCCAACGCCCCGCCCAUCCAGCGAAAGCGCAAGAUCGCCGCCACCCAGGAGGUUGCCGAGCCAGAGCAGCCCUCUACCCUCUCGAGCGGCUCUGCGUCGCACCAGCCCCAGCAGACGACUGAGGCCAGUCCGAUGCGCAUGGAUGUGGACUCACGCCCAGCAGCAGCGGCCACGCCCAGCAGCGGCAACACCCCCAACCAGCAGUCCAACCCAGCAAAGGUCCCAAAGCGCGAGGGUCCUUCUUUCAUGUCCUCCCUGCUGAACCGCGACUCUCCCCCGCCACUCCCUGCCCCUCCUGCCCCAGUGCGCAUGGCCUUUGACCCAGUGCGGUCCUCCAGCUACGACCCUGUCCGGGAGACAAUGGUCACCCGCGACCCCUAUGGAACUUCUGCCCUGGCUUCUCCUCGCGGUCCUUCUCAAAUGACCAACCGCGCCAGCGCAUCGCCGUCAAUUUCAAGCUUGAUUGAUGCACCACCACAAUCUUCUGCUUCCAAGGUCGUCUCGCCCACACAGGCUCACUCCUCUUUCCACACCACUGCGCAGGGCCGGUUCCAGGACCCCUCCUCCCUACCGCCCUCGCCAUCCAAUCAAGUGCGCAAGGACCCCCCGCCCUUGUCCGGUCCAGCUCCCAAGUCGUCUACAAUCGAGAUCAAGAAGCCUGGCCCACCUCCCAUGCCUCAGCCUCCCAAGGCAACCGAGCCAUUCAAGCCCACCGCGCCAGCCAGCUCUGGAAUGCCAGCCCCCAGCACCAUGCCCGCUCCAUCCAAGAAGCUCGCGACCGUCGCCGCCCAGACUCGCAAGGAAAAGAAGCCUGUGUCUUCUACAUCUUCCUCCCCCAAGAUGGGCAGCCUCAAGAACGCACUGCCUGAUGUUGCUCCCCUCCCUGGCACCUCAAAUGACCGGUCCAUCCUCGACUUUGGAAAGGUUGCGCCGGGAGAGGAGGAAGCCCCCUCGAUCAUCUUGCACAUCCCGCUUAACGGCGAGGGCAACAAGUACGUCAACUUCAUGCGCCUGGCCGAGAGCAAGUACGGCUGGGAUGCGCUGCACCCCCGCGAGGCAGCCAACCGUGACCGCAAGGCCCGCAUCGCCGCCGCCUCUGCCGCCUUGGAAAGGCAGCAAUCCGGUCGCGAUUCCGCCGAGGAGGAGGACCCGGAGUUCAAUGCGAGCGAGGACGAGAACAGUAAUAUUGAGAUGGGUGGCAUGGGUAACAACGGCGGCCUGACGAGUGGUGCUGACGCUGCUGCGCCCGAGAAGCCAAAGCGCAAGAAGCGCAACUGGCGUGAGGACGAGUACGAUCGCGGCGACGAUUUCGUGGACGAUUCGGAGCUUUUGUGGGAGGAGCAGGCCGCAGCUGUCCAGGACGGAUUCUUCGUGUACAGCGGUCCUUUGGUGCAAGAGCUUCCAAAGGCUCCUGAGCGCGAGGGACCUGCCAAGCGAGGUCGCGGACGCGGCGGCGGCCCUGGAUCCCGCGGAGGACGAGGACGCGGCGAGGGUGGCAGAGGACGUGGCGGUGGACCCGGAUCCCGCGGCGGCACCACAACACGCAAGCCUCGAAUCACCAAGGCCGAGAAGCAGCAGCUGGACCGCGAGAAGGCCGAGCGCGAGCAGAAGGCACAGCAGCUGGCGGCAUCCAAGUCGAACACCAGCACCAACGGCAACUCGGCUGGAUCUUACGGCCUCUUGGCUGGGCUGGUCGGACCCAAUGCCUCUGUGCCUUCACUCUCGGCUGGGCUCGGUGCAGGUAUCAUGAACUCGUAG